AUGGAAGAAUCAGGAAUAGUUCCAAUGGCUGUUCCAAUGGAGGGAGUGAAAGCUGGCAGAGUCCUGAGGAAGUCAAUCCAUGUCUUCCUCCAGCACUAUCACUACUUCACCAUGACUUCUGCUCUGAUUGCAUUCCCUUUCUCAGUCUCCUUCCUCCUUUCUCAGGACUUUGUCCUCUCUUCUCCAUCAUCUUCCCUCCUCUCUUCACUAUACGCCGGAUUCAGCUCCCUCUUUCGAGCUGCGAACUUCCCUCUUUCGGGUUUCUCCGGGUUCUUCUCCACUGCCAACCUCAAGCUCUCUCAGACGCUCUCCUCCUCCCUCCUCACCCUCCCCUUCACCCUCACCUUCCUCCUCUUCACAAAGGCCUCGAUCGUCCAGUCCCUCGGGGGAGCGGGAGCUUCUCUCGCCUCGACUUACUUCCCGAUCCUUCAGACAUACGUAUGCACCUGGGUCGUUCUUCUCUCGGCUAAUGCUACGGCAUUUUUCCUCAUGUUCUUCGCCUUCAGCAUCCUCGAGAGCAUCUCGUCUUCUCAGCACACCCUUUUCAUUUCGGCUGCGGCUUCAGCAGUUCUUUAUUCGGUUAUCCUUGCGAACGCCAUCGUGGUCUGCAACCUGGGGCUGAUCUUAUCGGGAGUAGAGAGGAUCUGCGGGUCGCUCGCUAUUGUCAAAGCCUUCGUUAUGAUCAGAGGAAGGGCCUCGACUGCUCUUUCAUUGGCAGUGCCUUUAAAUAUUGCUCUUGCAGCAACUGAAGCCCUGUUCCAGUUCCGAGUUACGAGGAACUUCCACAGGAUGGGGACCCCGAGCUUUCCGAUGUUCGUGGAAGGGUUGUUCAUUGCUUACUUGUACUCGGUCCUCAUUGUACUCGAAACCAUUGUGAACCUGAUGUUCUUCAAGAGCUGCAGAGUUGAAGACUCUCUCGCAGAGUUGGAAGAAGGACACCACCAUUGGCAGAUCCAAAUACCAGACGGAGGAUUCGACUUCCCCAACUCUCUGAAUAGCUACAAACAAGCAAACGAUCAGUCACGCCCGUGA